UGCGCACCACGCUCUUGGGAACCUUGGAACGCACAUCGAUACUGCGAUACGCCAUGGUUCCAUGCGAUUGGAAGGGGUGUUCGUAUGGAAUAUAAACGUGGAGUGGAGUGACGGAAACAGCCGUGCACGAGUCGUUUCACUAAUGCGCCGUUGAUCACUUGCUUUUUCUAGGCCCAGCGGCGUUAUUGAUAGCUUCGUAAGGUUUCCGAGCUGUACUCGUUUGGAUACAGGCUAGAGCUGCUGGAAACGAUCGUCGUCAUGAAGCAGGUGGGUGAGAAGCUUGGAAUAUGCUAGGUAAGCGCAUAAUGGCUUCAGGGCUAUCGCUCCGAGUUUUCUAUAUAUUCCUCUACGUCUUCACCUUCUCUACUUCAUCACAGUUCAUCACCCCUCCACCUUUCGCUUAUUUUCAUUCGACUCCUUGAUAUUCCAAACAAGUCACUAGCGUCCCUUAUUAUCAUCACUUUCCGUCGUUACAAGGAAUAUCAAAAUGUCUACCACCAACGUUGCAACACCUCUUCCCGCUGGCCUCAGCCAGACCACCGUCAUCGCCGCUUUGCACAAUCAUGAUCUUAUGAUCCGAACCCUGUGCCCGGCACUCAUAUCCUACGAGUUUGAAUCUGGCGACAUGUCCACACAAGCCAUGUAUAUCGUAACGGACAAGAAGCCUAUCGGCCAGACGACAUACAAACUCACCCUAACUAACGUCCCCGAUGGCGUCGACAGCCUCGUCAACGCUAAGCCGCCCGUCGGUGUGCUCACCAUCUCGGGCAAAUGGCGCGUUCGGAACGGCCAGCUUGUCGAGGAUGUAGAGAUUGACGGCAACUUCAUGAUGAAGAAGAUGGCGAAGGGGAAUGUGGAGAAGACGCAUCCGGAGCAGCAUACCAGGUUGCUGGAGCAGAUGAAGGCGUAGAAGAUUUGGAUAGCCGCAUUGUGUUUGGAGUAUGGGUUUCGGGAGCGAUAGUCAUGUGGCAUUUCUUCUGGAGUUAUAAUUACUUAAUGUAUUUGUUUGCGAACUUUCAAUAUUGCUGAUCUGACGAUCAAUCUGGCGAGGCGUGAGGCUGAAGAAGAU